UCUCCCGCGCGUCGAGUCGUCAUGCGUCGGUGGUGAAGUGAAGUGCAGUGUUUUCGUUUACGUAUUCGUGAUAGUGCUGACUGUAAAAUGAAGUCUUUUGGCGCGACUGCGCUGUCUGUGCUUGCUGUUAUGACAGUAUGCCUCGCAGCAAAAGACCGCUCACGGCAGCGUUCUGGCCCGAUCAGGAGCGUUCCCGUAGGGGCGAGUAUCAAGAGGGAGGUAAACUUUGACUGCCCUGAAGAAUUUGGCUACUACCCUCAUCCUACCGACUGUACGCUAUACUAUGUUUGCGUAUUCGGCGGCGCGCUACUCGAGUCUUGUACUGGUGGCCUUAUGUACAGCCACGAGCUCCAAACAUGUGAUUGGCCGCGUAACGUAGGCUGCGAUGCCACCGGUGCCGUGGUUGCUGAACAGCUGGAGCGGAUCCAUGAGAGAGAGCCACCGCCACCGCCACCACGACGCACUGCCCCGCCGCCGCAGCGGGCUCAGCCCAAUCCUGUCAUCACUUCGCGCGGACAACCGAAGUUUAACCGACAAGAAUACGAAAAGCAACAACAGCUGUACGCGGAGGUAGACGACUUACCACCUGUUGAAGAAAUCGAAAGUGAUAGGCAGCAAAGAGUGUACAGAGGACAGCCUUCAACAAUAGGACAAGUUCAAAAGGACAGAGAUGGUUAUGUUUCCCAAUCCAGCUCUGGAAGGACAUUCAAUUCAAACAUCAUACCUUCGUCUAUUAAUCAAAAUAGCAAAAUAGGAUCUUUCUCUUUUGGAACACAAGUUGAUGACCGAAGGACAGCUACUGCAACGCAAGCACCUCAAACCUAUAGAGAUGAAAAAUAUGACGACGUAACUGACUCUAUCGACAGACCUAAAGACUUUUUGACAGAUAUAAGUAAAGUUAAAGACAUAACUCAGAAUACUCUUUUAAGAAAGAAGAGAGAUAUUGUAGUUACAGCAGAAAAUGUAACCAAGACACCAGACAAAUUAUCAAAACGAAGUGAUAAUGAAGAGGAAAAUGAAAAUGAAAAUGAUGAAGUGAUGGAAUACAUUGAAUUUGAUGAACCAUCAAGCGAUGAUGAACUUGACGAAGAAGAUUUAGAGGACAGUGAAAGGGGAAAGAGACAAAUACGGUUUUAUUUAAAAAAUGGUUUCAAACCACCUGAUAAAAAUUGGCACAGUUCCAAACCCAUAAAAGUUAACUUACAGCAAUACAAUUACAAUCCUAAUGUUCAAAACCAAAGACUAAUUUACAACAGCGAACAUAAUAAUGGAAAUAAUCGUAAACCCUUUUUCAAUAAUAAUUUGUUUUCAACGGCAAAUUCUUAUGCGCCAUAUCAGAUAGAUAAUACUCAAACUCGACCAUUCAAAGCAAGUACACCGGAUCCUACAAAGCAAAAAAAUCCUCAAUUUAGUGGAGGAGCUCAAAUAAUUACAAAAAGCCCUCCAAUAUCGUCUUUGAAUAAUAAUCAAAAUCCUUUUUCUACCUUAGCUGGAGGUUUUUAUAAUAAUGCUUUAAAUAUUCAAAACAAUCAGUUACAGGCAGUACAUUCAACACAACAAUCUGCUAGGCAACCUGCAGUAUCUUUUUCUGACUCGUCUCAUUUAUCCAGUGCCAUCGUUACUGGAAAACCUAUACAAUUCACAUCUGUACGAUCGCCGAAUGUAUAUCAUGAAAACAAUGUUAAAAAUAAUAAUCAAGCUUCUAAAAUUAAUACUAAUGGUAAUAAACAAAUCAACAAAGAUCAAGAUUAUGAGGAGUAUGAAGAUGUUGAGUCCAGUGAAGAAGAAGAAUCUUCACAUGAAGACGAAGAUGACGAUAAUUAUCAAAAAUUCCGAGUACCUUUUGGUCGUCCUCACGGUUACAAUAAUCCUAGUCAUAAAUUUACCAAAAUAGAAAAUCCUUUCGCUAAUCCAGACUUCAAUUUUGACACAUUUUUGGAAAAACUGCGGGACGACCACAACGCUGUUAUCGGUAUAACUACACCAAACCCUAGACCUAAAGAAAAUGUAAAUCCAUCUAAAUUAGUCAACAACAAUGCUAUGUUUACUACUGCUGCCUACUCAGAUAGAGAUACACAUUCGUCAACCUUUAGAAAUGGAUUAAAUACGCCAAAACCAUUUACAGUAUCUGCAGAGGUUACCAAUAAUGGAGGUUCACCUCAAAGAUUUAUAAAUUCGACUCCUAAACAAGUACAAACAUACCAACAACAGUUACUUCAGAGGCCCCAAACAGUACCUCAAAAAUAUGUUCAAAAUAUUCAAGAGCCUAUAGCAGUAAAUAAUAAUUAUAAUAAAUUACCUCAAGCAACACCUGUAAUUCAAGCAGAAAACAUUAGACCCAAUAUCAAGCCACCAAAUUUUAAAGAUGAUCGUCAACUGCCAUUAAGUUAUAAUUUUAAUGUACCUAAUGAGAAUAAUCUUCAACAGUCUUAUUCUGUAAGACAACCAAUAUAUCCCCAGACAACGCCCACGGUUACACAGAAACCUUACUUAACGGGACCAGGCACAGCACCACCAACUGCGUUUUUAAUACCUAAAAAUCAUAAUCAAGCUACGUGGCCACAAAUAUCAUCCACUCCGAGUCCAAAUUUUGUGUCAACCAUCCAACCUCAAAAUGUUAAACAGUUUUUAGCAUAUAUACAAUCUACGCCGAAACCUACAAUAUCAUUACUAGAUGAACAACUUUCUGCAUUCCAAAAUUAUUGGAAAACUCUUUCUACUGGUGUAACUGAUCCAAUCACGUUACUUCUUAAACCAAGUACAGUGACUGAAAUUCCAAAACAAGGAGACUCAUUCUCCCAUACAGUACAAUCUUCGACUCAGUUACCUAUUAAAAUUAAAAGUAAGGUACUAACAACUACAGCGCCUCCUAAGCGCAGACCGAUACCAAAACCCUCACCCGAAAUGAAUGAUUAUUAUUAUGAUGAUGAAGAUGAACAAUAUUACUAUGAACCUGCUGUUAAACCUAAAUAUAUGCCAAGUUCAGAAGUUAAGCCACAGAGACCUCCAAUGGCACAAAACUAUAAAGAAUAUGAUGAUGUAGAUGAUGAAGUCCAAAAUCCUGGAAAUACAAAGUUCGCUCAUUCAACACUAAGGCCGGGUGAACAUAACCUACUUAAACAAGAUUCUGUUACCAAAAAUCAUAAUGAUUUAUCUGUAGUUACAAAGGUUCCUUAUAAACAACAGAUCAAAAAUAUAAAUGGAAAAAUUCCAGUACCAGUAAUGGUUGACUAUAUUAAUCCUUCCAAUAUUCAGUAUGGUCCUCGGAAUACAACAGUUCACAUAAGAAAGCCGAAUCAUAAUCCAAAUACCUUGAGGCCUCCCAAAUAUCUUAACCAGACUACUUUGCGUCCGUACACCGUUAGGCAUAGAUUGGCUAAGCCAACGACACAAAAAUAUCAUAUUAGUCAUGGAGAUGAUAAUAAACAAACUAGGGGACGGGUUCGUCAUCAAAACAUCGUUGCACAAAAUAUGAAAUUCACUACACCACGGGACAGUUAUAAACAAGAGACUCGUUUUACUAAGACUAGUCAUGACGAUAGAACCAACAGUUUGGAACCAACGGAAAGUAUUACGCCGACCUCUUAUUCUGCUAGUCCGCGACCCAAAAUGUUGUACAAUGCAUCCCAGACCUACAACGCUGAUCAAUACGAUCCUUAUUACGCUGUUUAUGAUGAAGAUGGUGAAUUGUACAAAGAUACAGACUAUGUUCAGCAAUAUAACCAGGCUUCGCUUCGGCCGGCAGUCCAGCAGACGUACCGAGGCACGCCUCCGCCAGCUCGACGACCGGUUGAAACUUACACAGCGAGGCCAGUUUUAUCUGAUGAUUAUGACGACGUCCUUAUUCAGCCACAGAUAAACAACCAGAAUCAGUACCAAUCUUCCAUUCGCCAGCAGACAAGGGGCGAUGGUAACGAAUUGGGCUAUGAUCACAUUCCAAGCAGCGUGAGGACGACAGUUUACGAAGCUAGCUCCCUCCGCACCACUCCUUCUACAACUAGCACAAGCACAACCACCACUACUACUACCACUACCACAACUACCACACGACGUCCAACAACUACUACCGCACCCUAUACCGCAGCAAUGACCCCGGCUCGGUAUAGCCCAAGAUCAUCGUCCGAUGAAAAUCGCAUUCGCAAUCCUGAAACCUCUACAAUCCAAAAUUCUUUAGAUAAGUCCACUUCGACACUUCCGUCGACAUUGUCACCUUUCAUUAACUUUUCAUCCCUUGCUAAGCCUUUCGAAAAGACAGAUAACUCAUACAGGUCCGACUUAACAUCGACUGAAAAAAUACCGACUCGUAGAAACCCAUCUCGUGUGACUAACAAUAAUAAUAAUGUGAAGUUGGUGCACCAGUCGCCUGCUGCAAGUGAUAAAAAGUUAAUUUCAUUAACAACUGGUUUCUCAAUUCGUAGAAACUUUAACAAUACUAAAGACCCCUAUACAUUAACGUUAAUUUCAAGACCACAAGAAAGUUAUUCAAAUUCUAGAAACAAAAAUACUCGUGUUCCAAAUAAAAAGCAUCAUAUUCAAAAGUUAAUUAAUAUCGCAGAUGAAAGCCAGGAUAUUAGUGAGGCUUACAAUGAUUAUAAAGAAGACGAUACAAAAAUUAAUGAUAAAAGGUCUUCUAGUAUUAUAAUACCGAGAACUAAUGCUAGCCCAGGAACAUUUGCAGAUAAAGAGACGUCAAUUUAUCAUAAACCAUCUAUACAAAGACCAAGUAUACUACCAAGAGUACGAAUAACAACAACACCACCUGCAACAGAUAGUACAAAGUACUAUUUAAAAACAGUGUUAAGACGACCAGCUACUCCUUCCAGUAUUGAAGAGCCUACUGAAAAUGCUAUAAACGUUCAAACGUUCAAUGAAAGGAAUUUACAUAAUGGUAACAAAGAUGAAAUACCAAGUGAUAACUAUAGUCCUCAUCCUAAUGCAAAUUUCUAUAGUUCAGAUAACACAAACUUUAAUGACAAAUAUAGUGAACCAGUUAUUCUUCCUUAUAACACUUACAACGAUCAAAAAAGUGUGGUCAAUAAAGAAAUUAUCAAAGGAGACUAUCCGUUUAGUAUUGAAAGUACAACUGAAGACACAGAUACAGCAAAAGAAUUAACCUCAACAACUCCAAAAUUAAACCUUCUGAGGACUGAAAACCCGAAAGAGAAAAAACCUUCGUACUAUGUUUAUCAAGUAGAAGAUGAUGCUGUAGCUGAUCAAACGACCGAAGUAUUUAAUGUCAAAAAUAUUAUCAAAAAUAUUAUAAACAAUUUAUCUAGUUCUACCUCGCGAAUUGAGAAAAUUACUUCUACCGCUUCUUCGACAACAUCUACAAGACCUCCUGUUGAUGAAAAAGUUGUUCACAUAGGUCAAAAGAAAAAAGUUAAUUUUUCAGACGAAAAACCUCUUAAAAGUAUGGUAAAACACUUGAGAAUUAUUACAGAACCAAGUGUAGUUCACUAUAUUUCACCUACAGUGGAAACUAUAACUUUUACUGGUCCAAAUACAGAAUUUAAGAAAGAAUUCGUAUCAACUACACCUGUAAUGUCUCGUGUAACUGAAGCUACAUUUAUAGAUUCCAUGACACAAGCGGGUGUUCUUGACAAUGCACCUAGUUCUGAGUUUGCGCCUCGUAAAGAACCUUUUAAGUCAAAGUUUAAUAGUUUUGUUAAAGGUAAGAUAGAAAAUGAGAAAUCGCGUAAAUACCAAAAAAUUAUUGAUACAGAAGAACCGUCUUUCGAUAGCAGUCGUACCAAACAAUACAACGAAGAAAGUGACUUGACUCAGACGAUCAAAGAAAAUCAUGACGUUAUUGAAACAACAACAGUAACUGCAAACGAACGACUUAAUGACUUUGUACAUGACAUCGCUUCAACAACUAGUACUACUAAAUCGACAACAACUUUGAAAACUGAGGUAGAGACCAAACCGACUACUAAAAGUAUAUCCUUCCCAACACGAGUCUCUCGUAUCAAUCCUGCAAUAAAAUUAGCCGUGGAAAACCUUGGAGGUGGGCGCAGGAGUUACCAAUCAUCGUCCAAUUGUUCAUCAGACAACAGUCUGCAAGCGAAUUCAAAAUGCAACGAAAUCAAAUACCAGAGGCCAAGCAGUACUAGAGGCCGAGGUUCUGCACAUUUCUCAACUUCGGGUGGUUCCGAAUCAUCACAGCAGACGCCGAAUAGAGGAACACCUCCAACUCGCAGUCGUCCAACGCUGAAACCUUCGACAGCUAUAGUUUCUAAAACUGCUGAAAUAGCUGACAUUUACCUUAAUCCACCAAGACGACCAGAAGCAGUUUACCCACAACCAACUCCUGAUAAGACAGCCGCUAAGUGCCGUAAGGAUGUAUGUCUCUUACCUGAUUGCUUCUGCGGAGGAAAAGAUAUACCCGGAGAGUUACGAGUCAGCGAAGUACCACAAAUAGUACUCAUAACAUUCGACGAUGCGGUAAAUGAUUUAAACAAAAUUUACUACGAAGAACUCUUUGAAAAAGGAAGAGUUAAUCCCAAUGGGUGUCCUAUAACAGGCACCUUUUAUGUCUCACACGAAUGGACAGAUUAUAGUCAAGUACAAAAUUUAUAUGCAGAUGGCCACGAAUUUGCCUCACACACUAUUUCACAUAGUUUUGGUGAACAAUUUUCCCAAAAGAAAUGGAACAGAGAAGUUGGUGGUCAAAGAGAGAUUUUGGCAGCUUAUGGUGGUGUUAAACUUGAAGAUGUCAGAGGAAUGAGAGCACCUUUCUUGUCCGUUGGUGGCAAUAAGAUGUUCAAAAUGUUGUACGACUCUAACUUUACAUACGACUCGUCUUUACCUGUGUACGAAAAUAAACCACCCAGCUGGCCUUAUACCUUGGAUUAUAAAUUAUUCCACGAUUGCAUGAUUCCGCCCUGCCCAACAAAAUCAUACCCAGGAGUUUGGGAGGUACCUAUGGUGAUGUGGCAAGAUCUUAACGGUGGAAGAUGUUCCAUGGGAGAUGCUUGUGCUAACCCACCUGAAGCGGAAGGCGUUUACAAAAUGAUCUUGAAGAACUUUGACAGACAUUACACGAGCAAUAGGGCUCCAUUCGGCUUAUUCUACCACGCAGCUUGGUUCACCCAACCCCAUCACAAAGAAGGUUUCAUCAAGUUCUUAGACUUCAUCAAUAAAAUGCCCGAUGUAUGGAUUGUAACAAAUUGGCAAGCGCUACAGUGGGUUCGAGAUCCAACUCCAAUUUCAAGAUUAAAUAACUUCCAACCAUUCCAAUGCAAUUAUGCGGAUCGACCUAAGAAGUGCAACAAUGCUAAAGUAUGCAAUCUUUGGCACAAAUCCGGAGUACGAUACAUGAGAACAUGUCAACCUUGUCCUGAGAUUUACCCUUGGACCGGCAAGACGGGCAUCAGAUCAUCACGGAUCGACAAUGAGAUUGAAGAAUAAGCAGAUACUGUUAUUAGUUAUUAACAAAUUACGCCCAUCCUGAGUAAUGAUCCAUUAGAAUUUGCUUUUUAAUUUUAAGGCAACGAGGCAAGGAUCAUUCAGCUAGUAAAUUAUUGUCAGUAGAAAUUGUUUUGUCACCUUCACCUAGUGAGUGCCAUUUAGACUUGAUGGUCACAAAGCAAAAAUGUAAAUUGUAAACAAUUUCAUCGUAGUUAAGGAGAACGUUUUGCUAGUUCGUUAGUGUAAUUAACUUCGCUCCUGUUAGUUAAAGUUAUGUAAUGCAUUGGAAGCUGUGAUAUUGUGUCUUUUCAAUCGUCUUAAAAAAUCUGCUUUCAAACAAUCUGUAAGUUCCGUUUGACGAAUUUACGUAUGAUGUUAUCGAUCUUAUGAUAUUCUGCUUUAUACAGGUGUCCUUUCUCAUGAUCGUUUUAAUUUUAAGUGUACUUCAAAUACUCUCUCAUUUUGGAAUGGAAAAUUAUAUUUAGAUGUAAGAUUUAUAACAGCUAUAAAAUCACAAAGUGAUAUUUUUACAUACUCUGAAUUAUUGUCAUCUUCAAUACUUUUUUUUGAUAACCAUUAUUGUUCAUAAUUUUUAAAAUAAGCCAUAUUAAAAAUUAGAAAAAAAAAGAUUUCUUAUCUUGCCAGCGUUGUGGUUGACACUGCCUUUUUAUACAAUUUGUAAAUAUAGUUAUUAGAAUUUAAUUUUUUUUAAGUGUUAGGAUAUAGUAUUUUAUGAGUUGUAAGCGCCCGUUAGAUGAAAAUAUAUACUUAGCUUUUCAAAUAAUACUACGCUUAAUAUGAACAAAGGUUUUCAAAAUUUUAUUUAUAUAUAUUUUAGCGUCGCGCAGACGUCUGUCUACAUCGCAAUAAGUGAUGAAGCACAUGUUUAUGUGACUGCUAAUAAAUAUUAUAAUUAAAACAAUUUUACAGUGCUUUAUGAAAAUAAAGAGACAAACUGAAGUUUUUAAUUUACAGCGUUCUAUUAUGUAAAGAAUCAUUGCUUUUCAGAUCAUAUAUUUUUCCCUUUCGAGUUUUCAUUACUUUUUUAUAUUAUUAAUAUUUAAUGCUGCGUGCACUAAAUAUAGUAGAAGCGCUUACAAAUUUAUCUACUUAUUUAAAACAAUUUGCAAUAUUUAUAUGUCCUAUUAAUGUAAAUAUAGGUUUAAUAUUUAAAAUUGGAAGUUCCAUCCAUUUCCAAAUAAUAUUCGAUUGAUGUUUGUCUAUUCUCUCGGCUGAUUCUAUGUAACUUGGACGUGAAUCUUUUUUACUGGAACCCGUUUUUGAUGCUGUGUCAAAUUUUGCAUUCAUUUUGAUAAUAAAUUAUCUGGUGAUGUAAUAAAUGCCACCAGUGCAAAUGAAUAAAAUAAUAUAAUGCUA